CAAAAUCCUUCCAGACCGUCCUCACGUGCUCCUUCACGAUGUUCUUCAAGAGAUGGGUUGGACGGAGGGCGGGGGCGUGGUUUGGAGAGUCCCUCCUUACUCAGAAGGAUGAUGGGCGGGCCCAUGGACUCAGACACGCCUCCCUCCAGCCCCCUGCCACCACGCCUUCAAUCUGUAUCUCCUGCUCCGUCUAGUAGAGACGGAGAGACUAACCCCUGGACGAAUUGGAUCUAUCAAUCAACGAAAUUCGUCCAACCCCAAACCUUUCAAUCCGUUCACAACACGGAGAAUAUAUAUUCCAAGAUCGGAGCAGGACGAACACAGUCUCUAGAUAGAUCAGGGUUACAGGAGAGAAGGACUCCGGAGAGAACCGUCCUGUCUGUACGGAAUCUAACCCCGGAGUCCCGGAACCGAACCCCGGAGCGAAUUAUCCCGAUCCAAAGUGUUAAUGGUAGGAUUAGAACUCAAUCUCUGGGUAGAGGAGAAGGAUUGAUGGAUGAGAUUGGUACUCGUGAAACUAUCCAUAUACAAACCAGGGAUAGAUCAGGAUCCGAUACUCAUAGUCAAGGUCAGACAAAUGGAAUUAUAAAUGGUAUGUCUCAAAAUGGUGGCUCUCAAUUCAAGACUGAGCGAAGUAUGAACGCUAGUAUACACAUGAAUGGGAUGAAAGGAAUGGCGGAUGAGAAUAUGAGACGAGGGUUGGAUGACCUGGAGGAUGGGUUGGAUGGGCUGAGGGAUGAACGGAGUAGGUCAGAAGAAGAUAGAGAAACAUGGUUGCAAAAACAACAAAGGAAGUUGCAAGAGAGAAGAUUAGUUCCGCCUGGUCACCAGUUCUCAAACCAACCUGGAGUAAACCCAACCCGUUCUAGCUCAACAAACCAACCUGGAGCUCAUCCUUCAAACCCUGUCAUUCAGGAAUUGAAAACCAGUUUGUACCGAGCUAGAAGUGGGUAUACAGAGACUACUGAUGGAUAUGUUAGUGAUGGAAACUCAGUAUUUAUGUCUGAAACAUCAAGAGAAUCAAGUCCCUCGAAACAAACCUACCAUGUUCCUCAAAGACUCGAAGCUGGAUCUUCGAAUUCAUUAAACAUUUCGAACUUAUCUCACAAUAGCUCACUCAGCUCGAACAUGUUCAAUAGUUCUAGUGUUCAUAGUUUAACUAUGAACAAUGCGUCGCUUAAUAAUUCGAGUUAUUCAACAAUAAACAGUAAACCAGUGAAUAAAUUCAAUAAUCAUGAUAUUUCGAAAGUAUCGAAAAAUUUUCAAACUGAUGAACAUGAAAACAUUAAUUCCUCUAUAUAUUCGAGUGUCAACAAAAAGAAUUCCUAUACAACACCAUCAGAUUUUUUUUUCAGGAAUGGAUAUUUCAAUCAACCUGGCAGCAGUAGCAGUAGCAGACCUGUAACACCAGGAUUUCCUAUUAUCUCAUCUACUCCAUAUUUUAAUCAGACAGCGAAUACCCUGCCUCCUAGAAUACCAGGUUCCCGUGGGGGAAGUAGGAUAGAUCUAACAAGUAGAGCACCUUCUCCAGUAGGUUCGGUUUAUCAAGGAGAAGGUUUAGUUGGAUCCCGGAGAGGAUCGGUUAGCUCUGAAGCUAGACGAGGUUCAGUUAGCUCCGAGCCUAGUGAUAUUCCUCCCUCUCAUGUCAAGAUAGUCAAGGAUAAUUACAAGUUCUGGUACAAGAAGAAUAUUACUCGUGAAGAAGCAAUUUCUUUACUUCAAGACCAACAACCAGGAACGUUUCUGGUACGUGAUUCUAACAGUUUUCCUGGUGCUUUUGGUUUAGCGUUAAAGGUGUCUAGUAUUCCUCCAACCAAGGAGGUAUCUAAUGAGCUUGUUCGUCACUUCCUGAUCGAACCAACAGAGAAGGGAGUGAAAUUGAAGGGAUAUAGCAAUGAACCAGUGUUUGCAAGUUUAUCAGCUCUCAUUUAUCAACACACCAUCACAGCACUAGCCUUGCCCUGCAGGCUGGUCAUUCCGCUAGAGGACCUAGGAGGGAAUCAAGUAGAGACUAAUCACCCUGAGCUUGUCCAGCUGCUCCAGUAUGGAGCUGCGUGCAACGUUUUCUACCUGUUUUCUCAGGAUACUGAUCAGCUGACAGGACCACAGGCGGUUCGGAAGACAGUUUCUCAACUUAUCCUUACGCGACCACUUCCUUCUCCAACUACUGUCCACUUUAAAGUGUCAGGACAAGGUAUUACUCUAACAGAUCAAAGCAGAAAACUUUUUUUUCGGAAGCACUAUUCUGUUGCUCAGAUCUCCCACUGUGGAGUGGAUCCAGAGGACCGGCGCUGGACUUUAAAGAACACGGACGGCACGGACCGCUCCAUGCGGCUUUUUGCUUUUGUGGCGCGAAAACAGUCGUCUUCGCCAUGCAACCAAUGCCACGUAUUUGCUGAACUUGAUCCGGAGCAGCCAGCCCGCGCCAUUGUUAAUUUUGUCAAUAAACUCAUGCUUUCAGGGCAAACCCCACUUUCUAACUCCAGACCCGCGGACAUGGUUUGAAUGUUAUAAAAGUCGUCUUCAUCUGAAGGAACUUUGAAACAAAUCUACUAAAACUUAACCAGAGCUGGAGACUUUCAAAUCAACGGAGUGAGUUUACCUCAAUUCUCCCUUUUUGGAAAUAUUAGAAGAUGUCUGAUUGGUCAAAUCCAAAGUUUUGAUCAAUGGAUAUGUCAAUUUCUUAAAAUAAGAAACUGAGUUAGACUUAUAAUUUUAAAAGUUCCCAUAAA